AACGGGCUAAAGAAAUCAGUCUUCUCAUAAAAAGAACCGACAGUAUUUUGCGACGUGGUGAACGAUAGUAUCAUUGUUUUAUAAGUAAUUUAAACGCCUUAAAAAUUAAUACUACAUUAUCGAAUCAAUGUGUUAAGAUUGACAAUUGCGCAAUUUUUAUUCGCGUAUAUAUUGCGUAUAUUGCAACGUACGUUUGGAAUUUAAAGUCCCGCAUUUAAAGUCCCAAAGAUCCUUCGCGGUACCCCCGAAUUCGGGCGGACAGGACAGGACCAAUGUCCUCGGUAACUAAGCGGCAUGAAUGGGCAGAUCCAGAGAGAGAGCGCCAAGUGCGCGCGCCUUCGAAAAUCAAAAUCAAUGUAGUUCACCGUUGUUCGCACCGAUCUACUUGCUCGCUCGCUCGCUCGCGGAUUGCCCACGCCCUUAGUGCGCCUCCCAGCGCGGAGGUUGUCGGAGUGCAGUGCCGUUUGUCGUUUCCCUCUCUCUGUCUCUCUCUCUCUCUCUCUCUCUCUUUCAUGCUCUCCCCUCCUUUUCUCACUCGCGUAGCGUACACAAGCGUACACUGGGUUAGGCAUGUAUACGCACAUUUACUUGCUCCUUUCUCCCUCAGAGUCUCUCUCUCUCUUCCCACCUCUGCUAUAUAUCUAAUAUCGCUUUCUUUUUCUCUCUUUCCUUCUUUCACACAUACAUACGAGCUUUUUCAAUCUCUCUCUCUCUUUCUUCGUUUCUCUCUUUCGCACCCUUUUCAUUUUCUUCUCUCUCGCAUCCCUCGACCAAGUUGAAGCAAAACUGCCCGAGAGGGAGAGAGAGAGAGAGAGAGAACGGGGUUAAAUUACUCGUUCGAGAAGCGCUCUCUGUUCACCACCACCACUACCAUUACUACUACCAUCACAGUCAGUCUUUCCUCCGAUCCCGCGUCAGCAUCAUCGGCGAGCUCACGAUUUACGUAUGGAGCAACCCUCUGUGUUUAACGCGGCUUCUCUUAUGCGCAUCCUCUCUUCUCGUUUUAUCUCCCUUAUGCUUUUUUCUUUCUUUUUCUCUCUUUUCUCCCUACAUUCUCCGAGCGAAAUCUCGAUCUCUUUCACUGGAUCCCAUCUACCCUUUCGUCUCGCCACCCCUAUCUAACUGCUUUCUCUCUCUCUCUCUCUUUCUCUCUCUCUCGCCUAAAGCACGCGUGAAUGUGUGUCGCGUCCCACCCUAAGCGUGUCGGACCGCGUUAAACCAUGCAUGUACCCGUAUACGCGGCUGUCAGUCGGUCGGCGACAGCCUAACGGCUUCCACGCGCAGCGCGAGGUAGAUCGUCGCUCCCCGACGACGGGCCGUCGUCGUCGAUCGCACAAAGCGGAGCAGCAGCCAGCAUCAGCAACGAUCCUCGCCGGCAGCAAGUAGCGAGGAGAUCCCUUUCUCGGGCCGUCGUCUUCGCGAUGAUCGCGCGCCCGGACCGGUGCUCGUCCUCGCGCGGGUCCCGUCGUCGGUGAUACGAGGGCACGUCGCGCGCGCGCCGAUUACACACGACAGACAUGUGAGUGCGAGAGCGCCUUCUCUCAUCCGCCCUCUCCCUCCCCCGCCCUCACCGCUGUCGCUGCCAUCAUCCCCCGCGCGAUCCUCCGGCCGAGACGCACGGCGGAAAAGCGGAGCUCGCAACGCGCGCGCGACUCGCGAGAAAGAAGGAUCCCACGACGGUCGCUCGCAACCGCGCCGACCGAGGGGUGGUCGCUCUCGCAGAGGGAGGAUCGGUCCUCGCCUCGUCUCGUUUCGUCUCGUCUCAUCUCGUCUCGUAUCGCAUCAUCUCGCCUCGUCUCGUUCGCGCAUCCGUUCUCGCCGCCUCGCUCCAGGAACAUCAGGAGAGGAUGCGUGACGCACUCGACACGGGCGAGUAUAGCUCGGGGGUGUAGAAGGUGGCGGCCCUCUCCCUCUUUUUCCCCUGUGUGUGCGUGCGUGCGUGCGUUCGUUCGUGCGUGCGUCUUUUCUCGUUAUCUCCUUCUUCCUCUAUUCGUUAUCCUAGCGCGAUUAUCGGCCGGCGUCUCGGAUCUCCCUCGUACAGCCGAGAGAUCGGUCUCGCUCGUGUUGGGCGGGUACGGCAAACGAGCACGCCGCCGGACGAGCCACCCUACUUUUCCUCGGGACGGUUUACUUUCUCGGGGCUAUCUAGGCUCUAGUCGCGUCGCGUCGUGUCUCUCGCUCGGCUCGGCUCGGGCCGAGAACCUUAAAUAACGCGAUUACGGCGGGUGCGUAUCCUCGGGUGAAAUCAAUCCGGAAUCGGAGCGUGUGCGUGUCGGGGUAAGUCGAGUAAAGUGAUUUCUAGGAGUGCGGGGUCGCUUUCGACAACUUCUCUCGGCCCGGGGAGUGUUUUUCGCGGCAGUGCUCUGUAAAAAAUCAUCCCUUAGGUGUGCCGCGAGAUUGGCAAUGAGGAGAAUGGACCUCUCUUCCUCGACUUAUUCGUUCUCUUAGUGCGUCAGGGGACUUUUGAAUUAAAGAUUCCUCGAUGGAAACGAGAUAAAUAGACGCGAUCGUUUUUUUUUAAAAGUGCUAACGUCGUUGAAAACAAGAAGAGAAGCGCAUUAACUCAGAACUCGAUGUCUCCGCCCAGAGGAGCGAGUGUGGGAUGUAGUUGACACUACCUUCCACCUAGCGAGAGCACGACGACGACGGAGGUGGAGAACGAAGAGGAAGAGGAAGAGGAGGAGGAGGAGGGGGACGAGGAGGACGAGGACGACGACGAAGAGACGAAGACGAAGGAAGAGGGGAAGGGAAGAUAUCGCGGAAGGGAAGCGGUCGGUAGCACCGGCGAAGACGUCGCACGCCGAAUCCCGGUAUCCCGACGAGAAGGACCGGAAGCGUGGCGUUCGCGCGUUCGCGCGUACGUGCGUGCGUACGUACGUGCGUGCGUGCGUGCGGGCGGGCGUGCGUGCGCGCGCGCGAACGAGCGCGUGGGCGAACGCGCGCAUGGUAAAGAGCGGACGAGAGUGAGGUGGGCUUCGCGGAGGGGUGCCCCGAAGAUCGGGGUACAGCGGAAAACGCGAAGGAUCGUUCGCGAGAGUAGCAGAGGACGCGCGAUCGCCCGCGCGAACCGCAUCGGUCGCGGAGCACCGGGACGAGGAUAGAUAAGACGAUCUUGCGAUCCGAAACGAUACGAAGAGAGAGAAAGAGGGCGAGAGAUAGUCCGUCAGACAUGAACGUUACUCCGAUGGUGGAGAUACCCGGCAAUGACAGCUACAACGUCAGCAACGGUCUCGACUGCGGCGGUGAGCCUCAUCAAUACGCGAUAUGGGAGCGUGUGAUGAUAGUGGUGAUCGCCGUCCUCCUAAGUCUCACUACGGUCGUUGGCAACAUAAUGGUCAUGAUAUCGUUCAAGAUCGACAAACAGCUGCAAACCAUCUCCAACUACUUCCUCUUCAGCCUGGCGGUGGCCGACUUUGCGAUCGGCCUAAUCUCCAUGCCUCUCUUCACGCUGUACACGGUGCUCGGUUACUGGCCGCUCGGGCCCCACGUGUGCGACACGUGGCUAGCCCUCGAUUAUCUCGCGAGCAACGCGUCGGUCCUUAAUCUGCUCAUCAUCAGCUUCGACAGAUACUUCUCCGUCACGCGCCCGCUCACCUAUCGGGCCAGGAGAACGACCGUCAAAGCCGCCGUCAUGAUCGGAUCCGCCUGGGGUAUAUCGUUGCUUCUUUGGCCACCCUGGAUCUACGCGUGGCCGUACAUCGAGGGUCAAAGAACCGUGCCAAAGACCGCGUGCUACAUCCAAUUCAUCGAGACGAACCACUACAUCACCUUCGGCACGGCCAUCGCCGCGUUUUAUGUUCCUGUCAUGAUAAUGAUAAUCCUGUACUGGCGGAUCUGGAAGGAGACCAAGAAACGGCAGAAGGAUCUGCCGAAUUUGCAGGCCGGCAAGCAAGACGCGAGCAAGCGCAGCAACUCGAGCGACGAGGCUUUAGAUAUGGAGGAUGGUAGAAGACAGCGAAGCGAGUCGAGUACUGGCGAAGAUGUUUCGCAUGCCACUCACAUUGCCGUUUCCUACAUUGAUAAACACUAUCCGCAAUACAAAAGCCACAGGCCAUUCUCCUGGACCUGGCUGAAGAUGUGGUGCAUCGCGUGGUGGCACAGCGGACGGGAAGACGAGGACGACGACGAGGAUAUCGCGGGACCGGAGAGCAGCCGCACCGGACCCGGCUACGAGGACACGCUCACGCCGCUAUCGGCUGAAACGCCGCUUCCCAGCACGGUAUCGCGAUGUCCCUCCCUCAGCGCGAUACAGGCUGCGGGAAUCGCCCUGGACAAGGCCGCAGCUCAGCACGAGUACAAAAGGCCGAUGCGGCCGCCCGAUCUCAAGACUAUCUCCAGUGAUUCCGUUUAUACGAUUCUGAUCAAAUUGCCAAGCAACGGCGGCAAAUACAGCGAGGGGCCGAGCAUAAAGAUGAUCCACGAUGAGUCUAUGUCGAUUCAACUGCACAGCAUGAUGGACAGCGAGGACGAUGGUGGUGGUGGCGGUGGCGGCGGCGGUCUCACUGUUGGCGGUGCCGGCAAGGUUUAUCGUCUCGGUGCCGGACCGAGCCCGUCGACGGUGAUGAGGAGGCCGUCGCAAAUGCCGGACGUCAGGAUACCGUUAAACGCGAAGAACAUACCGAAGGCGCCGACAACGGGCAAAGGUAUAUUGAACAAGCAACCGAACAAGAAGAAGAAGAAGCUGCAGGAGAAGAAGGCCGAUCGUAAGGCCGCGAAAACACUAUCGGCGAUUCUGCUGGCGUUCAUCAUCACGUGGACCCCGUACAACAUUCUGGUACUCCUCAAGUCCAUCACCGCCUGCUCGUGGUACAUACCACAGGAGCUGUGGGACUUUUUUUAUUACCUUUGCUACAUCAAUAGUACUGUGAAUCCGAUGUGCUACGCGCUGUGCAACGCGGCCUUCCGCAGAACCUACGUGAGGAUUCUCAAGUGUAAGUGGCACAGCAGGAACCGCGGCACCGCGGUCGACCGGGGAUGAUAUCAGUAACCGAUGCGUAAUUCAAUCUUUUCGCAUCGGUUCAAUCCCUUUCGCUCACUUCCACAUCUCGCAAAAUUGGAAGUCGACGAUCGCGCGUUCGCGCACAUAUACACAUACGCGUACACAUACACAUAUUCAUAUACAUACAUACGCAAUGCUGCAUUAUUAUUAUUAUAUUGCCGUUUACUUUUCCUCCUUUUUGCGCGUUUUUCAGAACGCACGAAGAAAUGGAAGCGAGGAGACCGGCAAACUGCCGCGAAUAAAUUUGGCGCUCGCGACUGCCAAACUACCCUGUUCCUAUCGACGUUGUUCGAGUACGUCCGGUCAUUUGAGCCGCGCAUCUUUCGGAUUCUGAUUGUUAGAUCGACAAUAUCCAAUCAAUCCUUUGUGCACUUUCGCUACGUAGAGAAACUGACACUAGAUUUUUCUCAAAUGUGUUUUUUUUCUCCCGUGUGAUAUUGAAUCACGAUAACGAGAGAGAUUAGCCCCUUGACAAUCGCGUUUCUAUCGCUUUCGCGUUAUUCGUCAUAAUAAAAAUUUAUUAUCGUUGAUGAUUACGUUGUUAAUCCGGUUCUUCAAUGUGUAACAUCUCAGAGUUUUAAUGCUCUUUCUCUCUCUAAUGUAAUUGCGUUAUUGUAUAACUACAUUGAUGUUUAUUAAAAAGAAAAAACUAAUGUUUCUCCGUCGGGGGGUUAACGAUAUGACACACCGAUCGACGUGAGCGGGUCCUUGCUCUAUGCAUGUAAGAACGGUUUGUUUGUUCACAAUAUUCUCGCGAAUAAUAUCAAAUUUCAACGGUAUCGAUUGUCUAUAACGGGUCGCGUGAAUUGUUAAUAUACCGCAGUGGUUCUUAUAAUCUUUUUUGGGUCGCGGACCUUUUGAAGAAACUGAGGGUUCUCAUCUUGAUUUUGUUCAAAAUUCUCUCUUUGAAUAAUUCUGUCGGAUGUUCAGGUUAUCUUCCCGGAAAUGUAAUAACACUUGACGCUAUCUCUAUAGGAAGAUUGAGAAAAAUUGGCGACAUUGUAGAAGGAAAGAGGGACGGACCCGUUCGCGAUGGGAAGCGCGAGUCGGCCGUCAACACUAGUCAAAACGCAUGCAGCUCCGGUCUCCGAGUUUCGCAAGAAGUAACGCGACGUGGAUACUGCCAUGAAUAUAACGUUCAUUAAUAUCUCUCCGAACAGCGCGAACCUUACGCGAGUCGCGCGUUCGGAAUUAUAUUACGUGUCCGGUAUACUCGGUACAUCCGGGUGUAUCGGUGUCCCCCGAUGCGGUUCGCCGUCGUCCGGAAGCAUCGCGCUGCUCUCGAGAAAUUCCUUCCAGAAGAAGGAAAGAGGAGGAUGAUGGCGAGUAGCAAUGGGGGUUUAGACACGAAGAAAAAAAAAGCUAAGUCGCACAAGAACCUAUUUAAGUAAAAAAUAUCGAAAGGAUUACGAGAUGAUAUAUAUCUCUAUACGUCGCGCGAAGCCGCGAUGGGCGAUGUAAACACUCGAUGUAAAUUUUACGACGUAGCGAAGUAUAAAACUGUAAAUGAAUGUGUUUAAAUGUAAUAAUGCGGGGAGGGAACGAUAGGGGGGCAGUGAUAUAGAUGUGAUGGCUGGCACGGCCAGCGGAGAAUACGGGAGGAUAAUUAGCGAUUAGGUGAAACGAGAGAGAGAUUAACGCUAAAUCGAAUUCUUCCGUAAAACUAAAAAUAACAUUCUAAUUAUACGUGCCAAACGAAGCUUUAAAAGAUUAUACCAAGAUUAUACGAGACGAGAGAGAGAGAGAGAGAAAAAGAUAGACAGAGGUGGAAAGGGAGGAAUGUUGUAGAGCGCACUUUCGAGGCUUUGGGAAACGAUACCGAAAAAGUAUAGUUAAUAUAUAAAAAAAUGAAAUUAAAUAAAACAAAUAAGAUAAGAGCACUGUGACGAUACACGACUUUAGCAAUCGAAGGCUCGUAAAGUAAUCAAAGUCAAUCGUACGCGCGCCGACAUGCCUAUAGUGACCAUCAAGACUGCGAGCUUUUCACUUUGAUCAAUUUAGCAAUCAUUUCCCUAAUUGAAUAUAUAUAUUAUAUUAGUAGAAAGAUGUAAUUUUUUUACAUGUGCAUUUCAUUAAUUUUGCGUAAUUUAUUUUUCACGAGUCAUACGUGUUUGUCACAAAUGUUGAAACUAAUCGUGAUUUAGCCUAAAUGAAUAAAAUUCAUCUCCACUUUUUGAUAUUUCGAUAAUAUCUCCUGUGAAGUGAAUCUGAAAAUAUUUUCUCUCCAGCAAUUUUGCGUAUCUUCACUACUCAAAGCGAGAAACAUAAUCGCUCCUGCUCAAGCGACGUUCCUAUGUACGCGUCGGCACGCGUGCGUUUGUACCUUUGUACAAAAUACCCACGCACACUAAACACGCACUCUCGCGCGCAAUCAACAUUACACAUAUACACACGGUGCAGUGUCGCGAAAAGUAUUCGCAAGGGAGAUACGCACCUACGGGCGCGUCGUCGAAAAUCUCUAUGCGUCUUUCUCGAUCGCUCAUCGUUCUGCGUAUAAUCCGAGAGAUUUUCGAUACACUUCACCCGGUAUAUGCGUAUCUCAACGAGAAAGAAACUCGAUGAUGUAAUUUACAUCAGGUAACGUUAAUCACGAACCUAGGUACAUCGAAUGGACGCGAUGACACAGUUGCGCGUCGUUAGUUACGCAAUUAAUCGAGUACAAUUAAUCGAUAUAUGAUUUCGAUUCAUUAUUCGAGUACUUUUAAUACGAGGAUUUGCGCUCGAUUUAAAGGCCGUUACGCGAGCAAUUGCACCGAUAAACUACGCGACUUCUGUUUCUUCCAAUGUGUGCGACAAACCAACAGCCAAUAUGUCUCUUAUAAUGAUAACAAAUUUAAAAGCAUUUUUCCUCUAAUAGAUGUUAAAGAAAAUGUUGAAGAAAAGUUCAAGAAAAAGAAAUGUCUGAUAAUAUAUAAUCGAGAUGUUGUACAAGCAAUUGUCAUGUUUAAUAUAUAUAUAUAAAUAUAUAUCUUAUAUAUGUAUCUUUAUAGCGAAAGGCAACGGUAUGCGGAAAGAUGUGUCUCACACGAGAGAAACACUCUAAGAAGACGUGUAUCUGUAUAAUUUCUCGCGUUUUUGCGGCAUUUUUGAGUACGUCGCCGAAUACACGGAGACAAGAAAAAGGAAUAGUGCGAGUAGGGAUUCGCGGUAAUAUUUUUUUACCUUUAUAAUUGAUUCCGCGCGCGCGAUUCGAUCUCGAUCGUGCGAUGCGAAUUACCUCCCGCGAAUCUAAAACGCAAACGAUAAACGCAACGUACACGCGAACAUGACAAAAAGAUGUUUUCGUUGCACUCGUAUUUUUUUUGCGAGCGCGCGGAAGAGAUUAUCGAAGUAGAUUGCAGAUUUUUUUGUUAGGCUUAUUAUAACGUAUAUGUAUCGCGAUUCCGAGAGCACUGAAACAUCUAUGAUCUGACAACGAGAUCGCGUUAGGAGGAAAAUCAUCGUGAUAAUGCGAAGAGUUUGUGUAAUUGAUACUUUAUAGAAUUCGAGACAAUUAUACCUCGACAUUUUAACGCAGAAUAAAAAAUCGCAAUUUAUAGGAGUCUGGGAUAAUAUCAAGGAAAUCGAUUAUUUUUAAGGAGUAAUAUAAUCAAAUGGUUCAGAAUCUUAUCUAAAAAAUAGGAUUCAUUUUCCUUUCGCGCGGUACAAAUCACAUUAGAAUAUUUAUUAUACAUUUUUCGGAAAGUAAAUGCUAAAGUGUAAGAUUAUUAAUAUGGCAAUUUUAGCAUGGCAAGAACUUACAAUGUUAAAUAAGGAGUGUGAGAGUGUAAGGUGUUAUCUUGUUACAUAAGAAUUCACGUUCCUCGAGGAAUGCCAGAAAUAGCAUAACAGCUUGAGAAUACAUUCUAUAGUCUGUUUUCACGCGAGAUGAGAAGUUAGAAAGAAAAGUUAUCCUCAAGUGUAUAAAAAAUCGUUCACCGAUAUAUGCUUUCGCGUGUAAACUUUUUAAUUAUUUCUUUCCACUGCGGAGAAUAUUUUUAAAAUUUAGUUUCGCAGGUACAGUUCGCACAAUAUUAAUUUCGAUAUUUAUUAUAAAAGAAAAUCCAUAAACGUGCGCGUUGGUCGCGAUUAAGUUAACUGCACGUAUUUAUGCACGAUGGAUUUCCGUGUUGGACCUCCGAUUGAAACAUCGAUAAUUGUUUAAUAAAAAUAGAACAGAGAGACGAGAACUGAUGGGAACUGCUACGUACUACGAUACGAUGAUUAACUGCCUCUCUUCCUUAUUUAUGUAUUUCCAUAGUAUCACGUCGAAACAUAAUGUAACACACAACAUACACGUUGCGCAAAGAAAAAGAAAAAGAGAAAAAAAGAAAGUUUCCUUCGUCGAAAAUGCGUUAAAAUGUACAAAGCGAAUAUAUUUCAUGAUCGUGUGUUAAACUAUAAGAGAUUUAGGUAUUUUUCAAAAGAAAUCUCAAACACAUAUAGCGCAUGUACCUGGGUACCCUCUUACGACACUGCACACUCAUACAUAUAGUUAUAUAUAUAUAUAUAUAAAUAUAUAUACACUUGGAAUAUAUAUAUAUAUACGCGUACGAUGCGUGCUAUUUAUCUCAAAACGAAUGUUCUCGCAUAAAAGCGUAUACCGGAGAUAAACGAAACAAUGUACGACCUUUUUUUAAUCGUAGAUUAUUGUAAACACCGAUGUAAUCAGUCUAUGUUUAUAUACGUGUUUUAUAUUAAUGAAGAAUUUACGAUUCGAGAGUAAAAUGUGUGUAUAAGCCGCCAAAGAGACAGUGAUGAAAAAGAUUUAAAAAAAAAGAAAAGUAAAAGACGAACGCGAGCGUGUAGAAAAUUGUGUAAUGCGAUACCGAUAGAGAAUUUGGAAGAAUAUACUCCGUUGUCUGUGACAAAAA